UUGUCAACCAAAUUGAAAAGGAAAGACAGAUCAGAGAAUCAGAUGCACCUAACUUAUUAUUAUGACCUACAAGUUACACCGCGUCUCCUUCUCUCUCUAUACACACCCUAAUAAGAAGACUUCUACUUAAUUGAAAAAUCAGAGAAGACGACUCACACAAGUCAUCAUCAUACACAGUUGUAACACUCACCGGAAGAGAGCCACCAUGUGCGACGGAGACUGCCGCCCUCUUGGUUUCCUCUUAGGUCUUCCUUUCGCCUUCCUCUCUCUCCUUCUCUCCAUCGUCGGUGUCGUCAUCUGGAUCGUCGGAUUGUUGUUAUCAUGCAUAUGUCCUUGUUGCUUAUGUGUGACUGUGCUUGUUGAAAUCGCAAUUGGGUUGAUUAAAGCUCCAAUUCAUGUUAUGGAGUGGUUCAUGUCCCAGAUCCCUUGUUGAUUUGGGAGAUCAUCAUAUGUACAUAUCUUAUUAUUGGAUCCUUGCUUUUUAUGUAGUUUGUUAUAAAAGAUUUCCUGAUUCAGAUUUGUUGUUCAAUAAUAACAAUGUAGUGUAGCUAUAUAUAUAUUCAUGGGAAUUUGCAAUGUU